ACGUUGUUUUAGAGAAUUUGGCAGUACGUCCAACCUGUCUCACAACCGCAGACCAAGUAUAACCAUGCCAGCCCAGGAACUCCACAUCCGGCUUCAUCACCUGCAGGAUCGUUUGAGACCAGCCAUCCGGACAGCUGAUGAAACUGGUCUUGACCUGACUGCAGUUCGGCAUCCUAAACGACUUCAAUGGGCCAAUGCUUACCUUCGAUGGCCACUGGCAUUCUGGAGAAGUGUGCUAUUCAAAGAUGAAUCCGAUUUUGAACUGAACUGGGCAAAUGGCCGACAGCGUGUAAUGGAAUCGUGUGGGCGAGUGGUUGGCCCAAUGUGGGAAGUGGGCUUAUGGUAUGGGCAGGCAUAAGCUAUGGACAAUGAAUACUAUUGCAUUUUAUCGAUGGCAAUUUGAAUGCAGAAAUAACGUGACGAGAUCCUGAGGCCCACUGUCGUGCCACUCAUCCCCCACCAUCACCUCAUGUUUUAGCAUGAUAGCGCACUGCCCCAUGUCGCAAGGAUCUGUACACAAUUCCUGGAAGCUGAAAAUGUCCCAGUUCUUCCAUGGCCUGGACACUUGUCAGACAUGUCACCCAUUGAGCACAAUUGGGAUGCUCUGGAUCAAUGUGUAUGACAGCAUGUUCCAGUUCCUGACAAUAUUCAGCAACUUCGCACAGACAUUGAAGAGGGGGACAACAAUCCACAACCAAGAGCCUGAUCAACUCUAUGCAAAGGCGAUGUGGGGUGCUGCAUAAGGAAAAUAGUGGUCACACCAGAAACGGACUGAUUUUGUGAUCCAUGCCCCUACCAGUUAAGGUAUCUGUGACCAACAGAUGCAUAUCUGUAUUCCCAGUUAUGUGAAAUCCAUAGAUUAGGGCCUAAUGUAUUUAUUUAAAAUUACAGACUUUCUUAUAAAUAGCAACUCAGUAAAAUCUUUGAAAUUGUUGCCUGUUGUAUUUUUAUUUUUGUUCUGCUCAGUGGUGUAAUGUACUUAAAAAUUGUACUACUAAAUUUUCAUUAGGAAUCCAAAAUAAUGUACUUACUUCAUACAAUUUCUGACAUUUUGAAUGCUUAGCAGGACAGGAAAAUGGUCAUCCCUACUCUCCACUGAUUUGGUGACUCACUAAACACACAUGCUUCAUUUCUAAAUAUAUGGUGCCGUCUGGUUUGCUUAAUAUAAGGAAUUUGAAAUAAUUUAUAAGUUUAUUACAAGUAUAUUUUAUCCAAUUACAUUUUUGAUACUUAAGUAUAUUUAAAACCAAAUACUUUUAGACUAUCACUCUAGUAUUUUACUGGGUGACUAACUUGAGUAAAAGAAAAUAUACCUUAAUAGAAAAUGACUCAGUCAUGUAUGACAAUUGGGUACUUUUUCCACCACUGCACUGGUUCUGUGUAUAAGCCAUUUAGCAAUAACUUUUACCCAAAGCGACUUAGCUACGAUUAUGCUUGCUUCGUCCCGCAAAGUAUCGUUCCUAGAGAUACUGAAUAUGCCGCUGUUAAGUGGAAACGUUAUUUUCGUUUGAGUUGGUUGAUCAAGGACGCAAGACAACGUACGGAAGCUUCUCCAACGAGUCGUCUGUAUAAACAAUGGUUCGAUGCGGGACGAAGCAAUGGCCAUGCAGAGUUUAAAUGAAGAUGAUCCACAUGAUCCUCAAAGUUUGGAAGGUCAAGUCCAGAAAAUGAAGAAUGAUAUCCUGGGUUUAAACUAUCCAGAAGAUAGUGAAGUGAAGGAUCCCCUGCCUCAGAUCGAGCUGAAGGCUGUGACAAGGAGAAAAGUUAAGACCAAGAGGAGGACCAGUGCCAACAGGUCCACAGUUGAACAGAGCACUGAUACUGAUGCAGCUGAGAGAGAUUUUGUUGAUAAUCAGAAUGAUGAAGAUGAGGAAGAGGUGAAGAAGGAUCCCCUGCCUCAGAUGGAGCAGGAUGCCGUGAAGAGAAAUAAAGUCACGACCAAGAGGACCAAGAGAAACAAAGCGGAGCAGAUCACUGAUACAGAUGCAGGUCCCUCUACAUCUGUGGAAUUCUCUGGGAUGGCAGUUCAGGGGACAUCUCACCAGGGACAAUCUAAUGAAAAGAUCCUAAGUGAGUGUGUCUCCAGGGCCUGUCAGACCAGGGCCCUUGACCUCCCGCCAAUCAAUCCGGAUGCUUUCAACCCGAUUAUCAUCCGGUUUCUGGAAAAACUUACUGAGGAGCAAUGGAGGCAGUUAAGCAUUGGCAGGAUGGACCCUGUGAUGAGGGCAUUGCUUGCAGAGAUGUGCCUGGAGAUUGUGCGGUUUGUAUCUGAGGCCAUCCUGGAGGUCAUCAUCCCUGCAAUUUUCCGUUUUGUACGGAUAUACAGCCAUGUGUCUCCAGUAUCCGUCAAGUCUCUGACAGAAUCAGAGAGAUCUUCUAGCACAAACCUGAAGGUUCGCAAGAGAGGCAGCAGCAAAACCUCAAGGUCUUGCACGGCCAAAUCAAGCUUCUCUCGUAAUGGGUCUCAGACAGUGUUGCCAAAUACUCAGGGAGAUGGUGAGUCUAUAUCAUCUGAGCCACUCAGUGACUUUUUUGGGAUCACUGAAGAUAGUCUCCUCACUAGUGUCCAGGAUUCCUUCAAAGAGUCGCUGAACAAUGUCCUCUGUAUCCAAGGAGAGGGCCAGGUAGACACUCAAAGUCUAUCCCGGGUUAUUGUUGGAGAAGUGUCAAAGAAGGUCAAUUCCAUAAUCUCUGUGGCCAUCCAAACUCCCAUCUCUGGGCGAAUAUCCCCUGUUAUUUUUGCCAGUGGUGGUGUCUCCAGCACCAAGGUGGUUGAGGAGAUGGUGUCUGGCGUUUCCAACGUACUUCAGAUGUACAUUAAUGGGAAGAGUGUUGAGCAGAGUGUUGUUCUCAGAGAGGAUGGUGUUGAGGUGGAUAUGACACAUUUAACAGGACAGGUCAUGACAGCACUCAGUGGCACUGUUUUGAACUUCAGCAAUAAGGAGGAAAAUGAUCCCAACAAGAGGGAACUGCUUUGUGUUGUUGCUGACCAUAUGAAGAUGUUUGAAUCUUGUAAAAGUUCUGAGGAGAUGCUAAAACAAGGAGAGAGCAACCUCAAUAUCAAAGGUGACAAAUCUAGUCUUCGUCUGUCAACACAAAGUAUGGACAGACUACUCACUGAGGAGUUUCAGACCAAGGCCACUGAAUCGAUCCGGGAGAUCGUUAAAAGAUUCAGGGGUUGUACAUCAUGUUGUUCUGGCACUACAUCAUCUAGUCCAACUCCUAGGAUAGGUGAGAUUGGAGACCUUAUGAUCGACCCUGAGGCCUCUGAGUUGGUAAGUACCUUUGUUUCAGACAUGGACAAUCUUACCCAGUCUAUCAGGUCAUCCCGCUCUCCUGCACAGAGUGAACAGAUCCUUCUUGAAAACCAUCAGAGUAAGAUCUGGUCUUCCACUGUUGGUUGUUACUACGACAUGAAAAAUAUGCUGAAGAGGCUUCUUACCUGUCCAGAAAAAGGGGAUCUCUCAAGUACAUUUGUGGAGAGCACAAGAGAUUCUUUCACAAUGGUUCCAACUUUGUGCCUGGACUUCGAUCAUUCCAGUAACGGUGAGGCUGACACAUCGGACUCCUUUUCUUGUAAACCACUUUUAAUAACCCCCUCAUCCAUGAAUGAACAAAAAGGACAAAGUGAGACCCCAAAACCUUUCUUGGCUCUCAAAAAGUAUUUGCAAGACCAAGUCCUCCUUGACACCACAAAAGAGAUUGCCAGCCAGGUUCUAGUCUUGUAUAAGACUGAGGUGAUGGAGAAGUUCUCAUCUUCUGUUGGAGAGUGUGAUUCUGAAGAGUCUCUGGAGGCCAAUCUAUUUGUGGAUGGCAUCAUGUCUGACUUGAAUGAUUUCACCAGUUCUUGUUCCGCCUCACCAUCUGAGUUGUUAGACAGUGAACAAUGUCUCUCCGAUGUGAAGGUCAUCGAUGGUGUUACACCAAUACAUGACGAGACUCUCAAACAGGCUCCCAGUGAAAGUUUAGAUUCUCAGGUGACUUGUAAUAGUGAUUCUCUUGAAAUCCAAGGGGACCUUCAAACCUGUACCAAUGAGGUCAUUAGUCAGAUCCUCACUGUGUAUCACUCUGAGGAAUCCAUGGAGGAAUGCCUCUCUAGCCUAAAAGGAGAUACAGAAGACCUGUCCAAGCUUUUGGAUGCCGUUGUUUCUCAGAUUGACGUCCUUGCCGCCUCCAAAUCAUAUUUAUCUGUUGAUGACUAUGCUGUCAAUACACAGGACAAUAUGCAUGGUGAGAUCAACAAUGAUGAAGAGGAAGCAUCCGCUAGAAGUCUUAAAUCCACAGCCUUUGACAAACUAUGUACUGAGGAGUUUCAAACUAAAGCCUCACAUAUGGCUGGUGGGAUCCUUCGAUCAGGGUUGAUUGGCAUUGUAAAUACCAGCCUUAAUGGUAGAAGUGCAGACAUUUGUGCAGAGUCCAGUAAUGAUGGUGAUGAUAGAGAUGUCAAAAUCCUUCAGAAGAGUGGAACUCCAUCUUUAUUCACCUCUUCUCUGCACACCAUUUCUGCAGCAUCCAACAUCGUCAUAAGCAUCACUAAAGACCUUAAUAGCUUCACCCAGAUGACUAAAAUGUCUGCUGCUUCAGUGUCUGACCAGUUGGAGAGAUCCCUGUCAGCUUCAACCCUUCCUGGCAGUGUUCACAACGGGGCCAAUGUGAAAGGAAAUAUAAUUUGGCCAGGCACUGUUAACCUGUUCAACAAUGUGUUCACCAAGGUCAAGGACUUUUUUGCCCAGCAACAACCGGUCCUCCUAGACAAUGUGGUUGAGGCCCCCAAACAUGUCGAAACCAUAUGCAGAACAGCUACUUCUACACAAAUGACGGACAGUGAACAUGAGGGCAGCCAGACCAACAUGGUAAAUUAUUCCAAAGCCUUAAUUAGUCAGACUCUGAUGACAAUCCAGAGGAGAGUGUCUAUGUCAGAGAGGAUGAGCACCUCAGAGAAAGGUUUCUUGACUCGUUCCAUAGUGGGCUCCAUGUUGGAGGAUGUUGACAUGGUGAGAACUGAUGGACACGAGAUACACCGGCCAUCCUCCUCAAAGUCCUCCCUGUCCAUCACCUCUGCCAUGACCAGAGGGUCCCAGAGUGAUUUUACAAAUUCUCUUCCAGGCACUCCAGUCUCCAAUGAGUGGCCUGUUGAAAGCUAUUGUCCUAUCAUUAGGAGUUCGGUCAUUGAUAUGAGUGACUCCUCAACUCAUUCACAAGGGUCAACAAAUUACACAAGGCAAACCAUCUCUGCCAUAGUUGACACUGUUAUGGAGGUAAUUCCAAGAGAAGAUAUGGAACACAUAGCCACUGCAGAUGAUGUCACUUCUUUUACAAGAAGACUUGCGAGACUCAGCCCCAGGGACGGUCUUCAGAACUUCUCACAUGAGCUCACUGACAAAGUUUAUGAGCUCAUAAAAAGUCACAACACCCCCCAGGCUCUUUUUGUGCCAGCUGGCAAGAGCGUGUCUGACUCUAUUCUUUUGAAGCUGAAGACAGAAUUGAAUGCUUCUGAAGAAUCCAGGGAGUUUCCAUCUGACCUUGUGUACUCCUUCGCUAAGGAGUCAAUAAAACGUCUGCUACAGCAGAUUAUCUUCUGGCUUCCUCCACCAUCACAAGGAUCCGGUGUCUGCCAAACUAUCAUCUCUGAUGGUUCUCUGCAGGACACAAGUCGGCUUAUCCCGAGCUCUUCUGCCAUCUCCAUUAGUUCCUCACAGGUUUACUGUGACACAAAGAGCCUUUUCACCAAUAUAAUGGUCAAUCAGGUCAUGGAUACCUGUUCUGUGGCCUCAAAUUCAUCAGUAAAAUUAUCAGAGUUGAUGAACAUAAUCAAUGGGUUGUCCCCAACUGAUGCUGGAACACUUGACUCUGACAGACCGGCUCUCAUGACCACUAGCCGUCAGUCUAGUGCCAAAUCAUUGCCUAGACCCUCUCUGUCUGGCAGCAGCACACACAACGGUGGAACUGUGGAUAUUCAAGUUUUAGGAGAGGUGGAAUCCAAGAUGGACAACAAAGAUCUGGAGAUGUCUAGUGUCUCUGUGCAUCCAUCAACUCCAUCAGCCAUGGACUCCGAUACACAUGCCUCAUUUGACUCCACUAGCAAUGACUACACCUCUUUGGUACUUUUACUGAUUAUUAGAUUGCUGUCAAUGAUCACCCCUAUCACAUUACUGGAAUCCUCUGACAUUGGUGAAACAUCAAGAGUUCUCACAAAGAGGAUUCUGUCUGAGUUCUGUGGCACCUCAGGCCUUGAACCAACUCAAGCCUACCCCCAGAAUCUGAAAAUCGAAAAGAUUUUCAAGGCUGUCUACAAGGGGCUUCUUCAAGAAUUUGGGUCAGAGAAGAUGCUCCAGGUUGCAAUGAAGUCAACGGAUUAUGCAUUUGACGAUGCCCUGGUCAAAUCAUUAACUAGGGAACUGCUAACUAAAUGCAAUGAGGCUAGCUCUUCACCUCACUCCAUGACCCAGUUGUCAUCACACAAUGCACUUGGCAGUGACGAGGUAGGUAAUUCUGGGCUUCCAACAACUGGUACAAAGGAAAAGAAGAGAGGAAGAUUCAACGCUCUCUGUGGAUUCAACCCAAAGUGUACACAGAAGGUCAACAAGAGGAACCACUGCACUCCAACACCUUCCCAGAACCAGACCCCUGCUAUCAGUGAAACAGCAAUUGUCAAUGAUCAAGAAUCCUGCCUUACAGAGAGUGUAUGCUCCACCAAGAAGAAACCAAAGAAGCGUUCGCUCAUUUCUAGGAUGUUUUCAGCUAUAGGCAAAGCCUUGUCCAGUCCCUUUACUUCCUGCUAUAAAAGGAAGAGCACCUAAACUAUAUUUCAAAAUAUAUAUUUGAAAUAAACAUAAUUGCAUUAA